AUGUCGCUCUCAACGAAUGCGAUAACCACUUUGGUGGAAUAUGCCGACAUCACGGUAUCGGAGCCGGGCAUCAUAUGGUACUGGGCUGUAACUGGCAUUUUCUCGCUUUCUGCCGUUGUCUUCCUGGUCGGAAGCUUCGUCGUUCGCCAUCCAAAUGUCCGGCUUCUAUACUACCUGUCGGCGCUAUCAUGUUACAUCUUUUCCAUGACCUAUUUCGCUAUGGGCGCCAAUAUCGGCUGGGUAGCUGUGGAAGUUGAAUUCGCACGCGGUAGUCAGGUUGUUUUCGACACUGCCACUCAGAAUCCUACUCGACAAGUAUUUUGGAUUCGCUAUGCUGGCUGGUUGCUCGCGACGCCAAUUCUCAUGACGGAACUCUUCCUCUUCAUCAACGCACCUCUAAGUCUUAUUCUUCAUGAUAUCUUCAUGGUUGGAAUAGUGAUGAUAACAGGCUUGGGCGGAGCGCUGAUUCCCACGGCAUAUAAAUGGGCAUACUAUGUAUAUGGCGCUUUCGCAUGCGUGGCGUUGGCCUGGAUGAUAAUGAAGACCGGAUACCUCCACGCCACAACGAAAAAGAUGCCCGUUUCAUCUCUCCACCUGCUUUCAUUUGCUCUCCGCAACCCCUACAGCUUCAGCUUGGAUCCCGAUGGCCCCUUUCCUGCACUGUACCGCUUAUUCGCCGCAAGGAUACCUACUAUCGACUCAAUUGAUCCCACCCAGUUUGUUGGAAAGACAAUAUUAAUCACCGGGGCCAACGGCGGCUGUGGGUUUGAAUGCGCCAAAAUGCUUGCUCAUUUUGACUGCCGUAUUAUCUUGACAGCGAGGAACCUGGAGAGAGGACAGGAAGCACUUCGAGAAGUUCAAAAUGAAGCUACACGUUCAGGCAUUAUACCUAAGGUUGAGCUCUCAGAGCUUGACCUUACCUCCUUCGAGUCCAUUCGCAGUUUUAACAAAGAGCUUCGCAAGCUGUCAAAAGUGGACAUGGCGAUCUUAAAUGCUGGAAUUUAUGAUGCUGAGUUUUCGCUUUGCUCAGAAACUGGCAGGGAGAGUCACAUCCAACCGUCUGUAAAUGAAUUGCUGAACCAGAUCAACGACCCUACAGCUUAUGCAUGUUACGAGCGUUACCAUAUCAGCAAGCUACUUGUUGUCUUAUGGAUACAAGAGCUCGCAAAGAAGGUUGACUCUAGCAAGGUAUUGGUAGGGUCUAUAUCCCCUGGCCUUUGCCGGACUGGACUAUUUCGCUCCUUUAACUCCAACAAGAUUGCACAACUGCUGGAGAAAAUUGUGUACAGAAAUGUGUCACAAGCCGCCUGCCAAUACCUCUAUGUCCUUGCUACGAUGAAUCAAGUCUCUCAUGGUUCUUUCUUUGCUGAUGGCAAGCCUCGUCCGUAUAAGCCUACGCGAAAGUAUCUGGAGUGA